AUGUGGAACCCGUUCGCGUGCUGCUGCGGCGAGUCCGAGGAUGCGCGUCGGGCGAGGGAGGAGGAGGAGCUGCUCCAGGCGACGCGCGCGAGGCGCGCGGCGGCGGAGGCGGCGGAGGACCGGCAGCGCGCGUACGACGCCAGCGCCGUGGGUCGGGCGGCGCAGAAAUCGCAGCAGAAGAUGCGGCAGCAGGCGGCGACGGCGGGUGACAGGCGCAACGAUCAGGUCGUCGCGGACUGGAACGCGUGA